AUGCAGAUGUCGCUGAUCUUCUACCUCUUCUUUCUCCUGCUUGCUACAGCUGACUCUUUGGAAUGUGAAGCUUGCAUAGACUUGAACAACAGCUGUAACGGCACUAUGGUGACUUGUGGUGCUAAUGAAGACACCUGUGCUGUCAGUUUCAGUGAAUCCAUAGUAGUUGAAGUAGCAGGCCAGAUUACAGUGAAAGGUUGUGCAUCCUCUCAUGUCUGCAGCGGUGAACCAUUUUAUCUGAAUUUUGGCCAGACAUUCAUUACCAGAGGAAGUGUUGUCUGUUGCAAAGGGGCUGCCUGUGCAUCUGCUUCUCCUGAAUUGCCACCAGUGAACAACAUAACCAAUGGAAUGAAAUGCCCAGCUUGUGUUUCUCUGUUAGGCCCAUGCUCUACAGAUGUGGCAGAAUGUACAGGAGCUGAGAACUACUGCAUUGAUAUUGUCUACCAAACUGGUGGGCCUGAAAUCACCAUAAAAGGUUGCACUACCAAGACUUACUGUGCUGCUUUACAGCAAAAUAUCGCAAUAACCCUCAAUGUACCUCCUUCUGCAAUUAUAAAAACCAAGUGUGAACCGGCCAAUAAGGCACCUUUGUCAUCAAGAUUUCCACUUCUGGCCCUCUCAGGGCUUCUGAUGGUGAUCAUCCUCUUGUAA